GCUUGUCUCUUUAAAGGAGCCCGCUGUCAGUUCUCGCGAGGCCGCACACGGGAGGAGUCAGAGCGAUGGCGGCGGAGGAGGCAGAGACUCUGGAGUCUUGGCUGAAUAAAGCGACAAACCCUCUAAACUCUGAAGAGAAAUGGGAAUACAUCAAAGGAUUCUGCGAUCAGGUCAAUCUGGAACUGGAAGGCCCACAGAUUGCAACUCGCCUUUUGGGUCACAAAAUCCAAUCACCACAAGAAAAGGAGGCACUGUAUGCACUAACGGUAUUAGAGGCUUGUAUGAAUAACUGUGGAAAACGUUUUCAGAAUGAAGCUGGAAAGUAUCGAUUUUUAAAUGAUCUAAUUAAAGUUUUAUCACCAAAGUAUCUGGGCACAUGGUCCUCAGAAACAGUGAAGGCCAGGAUAAUAGAAAUGAUGUAUAGUUGGACAUUGUGGCUGCCAAGUGAAAUAAAAAUCAGAGAUGCCUAUCAGAUGCUGAAGAAGCAAGGUGUCAUAAAGAAAGAUCCUAAAUUACCAAAUGUGAAGCCUUUUCCACCACCUUCUCCGAGAAUGAAGAGCUCACUUUUUGAUGAUGAAGAGAAAUCGAAGCUCCUUGCAAGACUUCUGAAAAGUAACAACCCAGAGGACUUGCAGGCUGCCAACAGACUCAUCAAAAAUGUCAUCAAAGAGGACCAAGAGAAGACUGAGAAAAUCACCAAACGGAUACAUGCCAUUGAGGAAGUACAAAACAAUACAAAGCUGCUGAAUGAGAUGCUGAACUUGUACCAGAGAGACAGUUUGCCCAAAGACCAGAUAGAAAUACUAAAGGGCUUGUAUCAGCGCUGUGAGAAACUGCGGCCGACACUGUUUAGACUUGCAAGUGAUACCACAGAUAACGAUGAAGCUUUGGUGGAAAUUCUGCAAGCCAAUGAUUCGCUCACCCUUGUGGUCAACUUGUACAAGAAAAUAGUGGAGGGACAUGAAGAGGACAAAGCGACCUCAAAAGAAUCAGCUUCCACAGCUGAUACCAUGCUGGCAGAUUUAACUGAUUUGGAAUCCGACUUGACAAGUUCUGGAACCGUCUCUAAUCUAGACUCCAAGAAGCAGCUGCCUUCCUGGCUUGAUGAAGAGCUAAUGUCUUUGGGGCUGAAUGAUCCUCCAAUGAUGCAGCAAGUGCAGAGAUCUGUGAAUAGGAACACAUCUGAGGAAGUUAUUCCAUCUGAAACAAUAUCAAACUCCACGACCAAUGGCAGCCGAGGCCUGGCUGGCCUGGAUCUCCUGGGGAAGACGGCAAUGGAACAAUCUCUUGGACCCCGCAUGUCAACUAUCCGAUGGGACCAGCCUCAAGUGAAACCCACGUUGAAUGAGCUUCAGAACCAAUCCCUGACCCACCAGCUGGCUGCAGCCAAGGAUUCCAGCUCUCCUGCAACAUCAGCUCAACUCACAACAACUCUUCUCCCUCAAUGGACAAUGCCUUUUUCUGGAGCAGCAGAGUUCUGCCAGGACUCUGCCUCCCAGCCACUCUGCACUGUAUCCGUCUCACCCACUCCACAGAUCCCAUCACCUGCCAGAUGCCAGGAAGCUGGCACAGAUGACCUGUCCUUGAAGAAUGUCUUUGUGCCUUUGGAGAACAUUAAAGCAAGUAGUGUUCCACCCGUCACAGUCUUUGACAAAGAUGGUUUCCAAGUCCUCUUCCACUUUGCCAAAGCCCUUCCUGUGGGGAGGCCUGAUCUUUUGGUUGUUGUCAUCACACUGCUGAACUCAUCGCCAACACCCAUAAAGAAUAUCACGUUCCAAGCUGCAGUGCCAAAGGUGAUGAAGGUGAAGCUGCAACCUGCCUCUGGCACAGAGCUCCCUGCAUUCAAUCCUGUCCUCUCACCUCCUGUCAUUUCGCAAGUUAUGCUCCUUGCCAACCCCAAGAAGGAGAGGGUUCGCUUGCGUUAUAAGCUGCUCUAUACUUUGGCUGAACAGAUCUUCACAGAAGUCGGGGAAGUCACAGAGUUCCCAGCCAUGGAAAAUUGGGGCAAUCUUUGAGGAGUGAAUAUAUCAGUGUGAAGGAUGACUAUAGAAGGACACAGUUCCUGGGGAUACCACCACUAACUAUGAAGGCUUAUCACUGUUUUCUUAUCAAAAUUGCCACAGAAUUCCCUGGAAUUACAUUGGAUUCCACUCUGAGAGUGAUUGACAAUUAUUGAAUGAUUUUAUGUUUGCAAGGAAAUGUUGCAACUUUAGGCAUAUCCAGACACACGGUGAGGUUGGAAGGGCUUUUUUUUUUGUUAUGUUGGUUCUUGUUCACUUUUCUGUAGAAUUGGAGCAUGGAGCAGAUGCAGAAUCAUAGAGAUUAAUACUUAUUCUGUACAGGUGGAAUUUGAUUCCUGCCCCAACAUCAUAUUAUCGAAUUGUUUAGCCUAUCUAAAGUUAGAUCAUGCAUUCGGCAUCAGCUAGCAGGGGACACUUUUGGCCCCAACGAUUAGGCAUACAUCCCGGCAUCACAUCAAAGAGAUGCUUUCUUUUCUCAGAGAUAGACUUAAAAUCCAACAAUCACAACUGGGAAUUUUCUGUUACACCCAACUUCAGUUACAUCUUUUUGAUCAGUGUGGUUAAAUGGCACACUGUGCCAAUUAUCCAUGACACAUGGAGGGGACCCUGAUCUUGACCCUUGUUUCAAGUGUAUAUCUGCUGAUUGCAUAACCUGAUAUAAGUUUUCACCUCCCACUAACAACACUUAUGUCUCCUGAACUUCAGCCCUGGCGAUUAGCUAUGGUUCCAUACCACCAGUGAGUUGCUGUUCCAUUUGAUUAUGUACUGGGCUAUCCGACAACCACUGUAUGGAAAAUUGAAGCUGUACAAAUUUGCACAGAUGUUAUUAUUUGGGGUGCCAGAGAAUUCCUGUUCCAUCAGUAGAUGUCACCCAUCUACAAAGCACACAAUACUCUUUUCAAAGCAAUUAAACUAAAUUAAUAAAAUUAUACUUACAGUUCCUGAUGUAAAAAAUUAAAUUGUCAAAUGAAACUUGCAAUAUUUAAAUUAAAAUUUAGUUUUGGGUGCAAGUAUUGUAAACCCCUGUCAUGCCUACUAAUCGCAGAAGGCCUCAAGCUUGCCAAAGGACACUGUGUGCUCUCUCUCCAGGGACACAUGGAUGUAAUUUCAGUAGUCACUCAGGUCUAAAAAUUGCUCUCUAUAGCCUGCUGCCUGGACCUGUCAAUGAUAGUUUGGCCAGCCCCAGAAGCGGACUCGUGAAGGGGUCCUCUGAUCCUCACAACUGCUCUGUCCAUGGUUAGGAGCAAGAUUAGGAGCAUGCGACUGAAGUGCAACCAAAAAUUCAAAAGCAGCCCUCUCAAGAAUUGAAAGAGGGUCUGUAACCUGUGUAUAUGUAGAACAUCAAGGCAGCAAAAAUUACUGGCAGCCUAUGAACUAUCUUAAUCUCCUGUUAUGUGGUGUCCAUGAACUAUCUUAAUCUCCUGUUACAUGGAACUGCUCAUGCAACACCUUCCAUACCCAUUUAUUGUAAUCACUUGCACCCCAUAAGAUGUAGAAUUGACCUCUCAGCACAAGCACAAGAGAAUGAAGAGAAUGUCGUCUCUUAAUUUCCUAUUCUAAGGUCCUCCAACUCUUUGAUCCUUGGAUCCUUGGCAGUAAUUGUCACCAUAUGCUUGUCUGCUAUCUUAUAUGUGUAAUCCACCACACGUGAGCAACUUUGGUAUGGAGAUAGAAGAAGCUAAUGUUGGGGGAGGGUGCUUCAUAGGAACAAAAAUAGGUCUCACAACCCCGCAAAUUUGUUCUGCAUCCUUGAGUCGUUUUGCUUUUUGUCCCCAACAGUGAAUUAUCCGAAAGUGAUGUGGUUAGUAUUUGCAACACAUUGUGUGAAUAGGAAAAUUCAGAUGUGACAGUGACACCUAGAGGUUCUGAUUUGGAGAUGCCAGUGUUGGACUGGGGUGUACAAAGUUAAAAAUCACACAUCAGGUUAUAGUCCAACAGG